AUGCUUUUGAUACUAGGACACUACCUCUACCCGCCCUCUUCCAGCGGCCUUGUGUACCGGCGGCCACUCAGGCUGCACGCAAAAGAAUGCAGCCACUUAUAUAAGAACGAGUCCACAAAAUCCUGUCCUCAUCAUGAGCGCCGUGCCUGGACAAACGCUGAGAUCAGUAUUCUAUCGACUUCAUAUUCAGAGCUGCGUUCUGCCCCAAACCAACCCUUGUACGCAUUGUUUCGGUGGUCCUCUGGUGGAUUGUCGUCUUCCUAUGAGCAUAUUCUGUCCAUUCCAUCUGCUUUCCGAAUUCCAUUCCUAUCUCGUGCAUGGAUUAGUCCUACGCUGUCCAUACCCGGUUGUACCGGCCUGUAUUCACCCAUGCAGAUUUGA